AUGGUAAAUAUUGAAUUUGACGCUCAUAAUUCUGAACCAGCAGUGGUAAUGAAGUGUGAAAUGGAAGCGGCAUUAGACAGUUCGGAAUCUUUGACCAGUACUUCAAAUUCUUACAAAAAAAUCAUACAAUUAAAAGAACUGAAUGAUAGAAUUGAUACAUUAGCUCUUGCUCAACACAUUAUCAAAGUUUGUCCAAUAAUUCCAGAACAAAGAAUUGAUGAACUUGAGCAAGUUCUGUAUUACUUACAAAAACGACAUUGUCCAGGUGUCAUUACGUUAGCGACGGAGGACUUAAAUAUGACACCAACAUCGUCUGCACAUAUGAGUAAUAUUGAUGAAUAUAUUGAAAUGCUUUACAAUGACGUCUCAGAGAAAACAAAAGCAACUUCUUUAUUUGCACAACUAAGUCAAAAUCAUGAAAAUCUUCAACACAUCGUUGGAAAUGAAGUGCUACUUGGUGCUCUUGUUCGUGUUUUACGUGAUGAUUGGAAAAAAAAUUUCGAACUUGCUAUCAAUAUCGUUACUGUAUUUUACAACCUCUCUAUUUUUACAGAUUUUCAUCCCAUUAUUUCGCAUCACAAAAUUGGUACUUUGUCGAUGCAAAUCAUUGAAUAUGAAUUACAGCGCUGGAAAGCAUGGGCUGUUGAAGCACGCUGUAAUGAUUGGUGUGUUUCACGUCGUCUUAAACUUGCAAUUCAAAAAGAACAGCAGCUGAUUGCUUCUUGUUUGGAUUUACUGUUAAAUCUCGCUGAAGAUGUUAGGGCUGAAGUUAAAAUGAUUAAUCGAAAAAUUAUUCCGAUGCUUGCGAAAUGUAUCGAGGAUCGUAAUGCACUUUUAUCGUUACAUCUCUCUGCUGCCAACUUUUUGCUGAAAUUAAGUGUUUAUAUGGAAAACAAGAAUGAUAUGAUAAACAGUGGUGUAGUAAAACAUUUAUCUUCGUUAUUCCCUAUAAAAAACGAAAGUUUGCGGCAUACUGCUGUUCGUUUAUUGUUUAAUCUAUCAUUUAUACGAACACUUCGUGAUCAAAUGGUUUCUAUAGGUCUUGUGUCUCAUAUAGCAUCACUAAUUGAUGAGAUAGUAAAAGCAAUUUUGAUCAAUCUCGCUCUCGAAAAGCGCAAUGCUCAGCUUCUUUGUGGUCUUGAUGGCCAGGGUUUGGAUUUUCUCAUUGAAACAGCUCUUGAUCAAAAGGAUCCAUUGUUGCUCAAAAUUGUGCGCAAUAUUGCUGUUCAUGGCGGUCCAACACAGGCAAUGUUUUCGAAAUGGGCCAGUCGUUUACUUGAAAUUGUAGUCGAUGAAAAGGUUUGCGAAUGGCUUGAUUUAUUUGCUUUGGAAUGUCUGGGAAUCGCUAAUCAACUAAAUAGUGUUGAUUGGGCGGCUUUAGCAGAACAAAUUUCCUUAAUUUCAUGGAUUGAAAAUAAUCUAAAAAAACAAAUACUUUCUCGAUCCCAUACUGAUCAUUUAUUACAGAUUGUUAUUCUUUGUGGGACAAUGGCUCGACAGUUGCAGGCAGCUCGUUUAAUAAUACCACUAACCGAUCAAUUACUUGAGUUGUUAACAGUUCAACAAGAGGAUGACGAGAUGGUCAUACAAGUGGUAUACAUUUUUUAUGCCAUAAUAACACAUGAAGAGCUCAGCGGAAGUGUGAUGGACGGAAGCACUCAAAUUGGUGCUUAUCUCAUUGAUCUUAUGCAUGAUAGAAAUGGACCUAUUCGAUCUGUGUGCGAUCAUGCACUUUCAAUCAUCGCGGAACGCAAUGAAGAAUGGGCUCAAAAAAUGGACGUUGAACGUUUUCGCUGGCAUAAUGCUCAUUGGCUCGAAAUGGUAGCGGAUAAUAAUAGUGUAGUAUCAGUUGAUUCUGUACUCUCCGGAUCAUCAGAUAUUUUUAAUGAUAUAUUGGGAGCAGAAGAUAUUCUAGAUGAUGAAUCAUUAAAUAUAUCUGUGGCAAAUCUAAAUAACGAUUUUUAG